GAUCCUCGCAAAUAAUGCGCUUCUCCUUUGUCCUCGCCGCUGUUGCUGCCUUGAUAGUAUCAAUAUCUGCCAGUGACGCUGACAGUGAGAAUUGUCCUUGCUAUUGCAGGAAUGAUAGAGACUGCCAAAUCUGCAUUAACCAGUAUGGAUGCGUGAGUAUGAAUAGCUUGCGUCCUGGAUUUAAACACAUGACUCAUCAGCGUGGUAGUUCAUUCGAAUCUCUAUACGCGACACCUUAUAGGCGGCUAGCGUGGUGAGUCGUGUUUCUGCUUUUGCAU